GAGAGAGAGAGAGAGAGAGAGAGAGAGAGAGAGAGAGAGAGAGAGAGAGAGAGCUCCGCAGUUACCUCUCCCAGGCCAUCUCCAUCUCCUUAUCCUCUUCUCCCCCUCCGAUCGCCAUUAAGCGAUGCAGAAGACGGCGCAAGCGUGGUUCGUGGGGGGCCCGAGCGGCGGCGAGCUACCGAAGUCGUCGUCGUCGUCCUCCUCCUCCUCCCUCCUCGCCGAUUGGAACUCGUACGCCGCGUCCAAAUCCGCCGAGGAGGCCGCCUCGUCCUCCGCUCUAGGGUUCGACAUCGAGGCCGCCGUGCGCACCGCCAACGACAAGGUCUCCGGGACGUUCAACGUGGUAUCUAAGGGUGUGAGGGAAUUGCCAGGGAGCUUUCAGACUGCCACUAGCAGUGUGCCUUCCGGAAAGGCGCUCAUGUACUUUGGUCUUCUCCUUGCCAGCGGCGUAUUCUUUAUUUUUGUGGCAUUCUUCAUGUUUCUUCCAGUCAUGGUGCUAAUGCCUCAGAAAUUUGCAAUAUGCUUCACUCUUGGUUGUGCCUUUAUUAUUGGAUCAUUCUUUGCUCUAAAAGGCCCUAAGAAUCAACUGGCUCACAUGUCCUCCAAAGAGAGACUCCCUUUUACAUUGGGCUUCAUUGGCAGUAUGGUCGGUACUAUCUAUGUUUCAAUGGUGCUUCAUAGUUACAUUCUCUCCGUGCUCUUCUCUGCUGUCCAGGUUCUUGCACUCACCUAUUAUGCCAUCUCAUAUUUCCCUGGAGGAUCCACUGGACUGAAGUUUCUCUUGUCGACCCUCACAUCUUCUCUACUAAAAUGUUUUGGCAGGUGAUACCAGUGUUCAUUGAUUUACAGCGUCAAAUGCUUGUAACCUAGCUUUUAAACCUGUUUCUGGACACAAUCAUAUAAUAGAAUAUUUCUGUGUAAUAGUGUUUGUUUUUCUUUUUCAGUGCUAAAAAUAUUGACUUUUGUUUCAAGAAUAGCCUGCUUGUUCACGGUCAUUAAAUGAUGAUUCUUGUUGGCAUAA